AGCGAGAGUUGGAGACCUGGCUUACCACGCCACGCCACGCCACGCUGCUGUGAAUGUGAUAAUCCAAAUCGACCCGCCGGCCGGUUGCAUCCCGUCGUCCAUCGGCCGCCACCGCUGCGCUGCCCGGCUCCCUCCCUCGUCCUCCCCCUUCCUUACCGUUUCGAUUCGCUUCCCGCUUCAAAUCUUUCUCCCCCAUGGCUUCCAACGCCCCGGCGCCCCAGGUGCAGGCGCAGCCCAAGCCGACGAGGGUAUCCCUGUCGUACGAGGAGAUCUCCAAGCUCUUCUCCCUCCCCAUCGCUGAAGCUGCCUCCAUCCUCGGAGUCUGCACAAGUGUCUUGAAGAGGAUAUGCCGCAGCCACGGAAUUGUUAGAUGGCCCUAUCGAAAGCUUGUUUCUGGGAAAGCUGGUGAUGACACGAAAAGUUCUGAAAGAGAGAAAGCUAAGGAACUUUUUGAGUUGUCAAAAAUUGCAAAACAAAAGGCUUUCAGCUCAUCUGGUCCAUCAACAAUGUCAUCAAGCACUUCCCAAGGACAAGGAGCAGCAAAACCUCCACAGGGCAGUUCUAAGACAGGAGGACAGGUUUCGGCCCCAGGUAGACAGAAUGCAUCAAGUGGGUCACCAAGCUUGACCCAGGCUAGCCAAACCAAAGGUAUCCCAACCUACAUGGAUGAUUUCAAGUAUGGAUUUCCGUCAUGUGGCUUGUCUUGUGGAACUAUGAAAUGGUGGGGUGGCAGCGGCCACACGGAUUCUGUGCCUGCAAAAGACGGAAGCCGUGAAGGCACCGAUGAAUCAACAACACAUGAUGCAUGGAAAGGCAUGACUGAUGAUGAGUUGGACUGGGGAGCAGAUGAAGGCGAAGGUGAAGCUGAUGGCGUUGUUACAGCUGAACCAUCGGCGCAGCUGUGCUCCCUGAGAAGGAAAGCAGUAGACGACGGGCGCAAGCUAUUGAAUGGCGAUGGUCGCAGGGGCCAGGAAUUUUGUCGACUGAACAAGAGGCAGAAGCUGGUGGUGGCCCAGGUAUUCGGAGCUUCACUGCCAGAACAGUGGAGGAGCAAGCUCGUAUGAUGUGAUGGUCCUGCUGCUUGCUGUUGUAACUCUAUCUAGUGAGUGAGUAGUAACCGAUGCUCCUCUUGCUGAUGUAACCUACCUAUGCUGAGCUGACCCCUUUCGUUUGUGCCAACUGAGGAAUCAAUCCAUGGAAGAAUGGUAGGAGUUUUGCCUGCCUUACGA